AUGGCGCCAACGCAGCAGCAAAGCGACAAAGCCCCCCCGAAGGACUUCAACAAGCAUCUCUUCAAUACUGGCAUGUUCUCUGACAUCACGCUCAAGUACGGACAUGGACAUACGUUCAAAGCGCAUUCAGUGAUCUUAAAGACGAAGUCCGCAUGGUUUGCUGAAAAAUGCAGAGGACCGAAGGAGAUUCGGGAAGACGGAUCGCCGCAGAAAGCUCUUAAUUUGUUGGAAUGCGACAUGGCGUCGCCCUGCAAGGAAUAUCACCAGGACGAAAAAGGAGACUGCUCGGUUUGGAAAUUGCACCUCCAGAUGCUCAAGUUCUGUUACACAGGAGACUACACGGGAGACUACCGAUCUAGUCCACCAGGACGUAGGCUUGAUCAAAAGGCAACCAUUAGAGCAUCGAGAAGACAUACGUACCUAUACCUGUUGGGAAGGAGAUAUGGCAUCAUGGAUCUGCUCCCACUAGCCAUAGAAGGUUACGCGAAUACAGUAACAGAGCUUUUGCAACACGGAUUGGACGCAGCCCUUCCUCGGGUGAAUAACGCAUACGAACUUUUUGGUGCCGACAAAGACGACGCACUUGUCAGAGAAGCAAGGAAGUUUGCAGAGCGUAUUGCCGACAGCAUGGAUGUCGAGUUCAGUUCUGAACUCCUGCUCGAAGCAAAAAAGACCCAGAUCAACGCGAAGAUGCCCGAAGCCGGUCCAGACCUGCUACUCCGGGGUUACAAACCCAAAGUCCCAUCCUUCAGUCACCUCGCUGCUGAGGGGUCCAUCAACUCCCGACUUCCGACUGACGAUAAGACAAUGUGCUUCCGAUGCCGCAGAGCUGCCCCGGUCAAAGACACCCGUCUCUGCACAGAAUGCACCUACACGCCCAUCCUUCGUCAAAAUCCCGGACACAGUUCCCAACGCACGGACGAGUUCUGGGGUAGAGCCGCUUGCACAAAUACCCAGCUCCAGACCGGCAUCACAUGCACAUUUUGGGCAUGCCAAUUUUGCGACAAGAUCUGGCAAGGACAAGGGCUCCGACUGAGCGAAAAUGAGCUAAAGGGCUGCCCUGCUUGCGUGCCAAAAAGCACGAGUGUGAAGUUCGAUGCACGUGGACACGGGGUUGUGCAAUAUGGCAAUCGUUUGCAACCUUACCGUAUGGAACCUCCGACGCCGCGGAGAGUGGAGUGGCAGUGCCGGGGUUGCUUGACGAGCUGGGAGGCGUGGGUGGUACAGCAGCAGAAGUUGGAGGACAUGGAGAAAUGUGUCUGCUGCCCUGAGAAGGAGGCAUGA